CAGAAGGUGAAGUGUCUGACUGUUUGUAACGACGCUUGUUUCGGCCGGAUUCCCAUUACCCAUCGCCAUCGGACGGCGUGUCCUCUCUCUCUCUCUCCUCUCUCAGAGUCACGGUUGAGGAUAGAAAUUUGCGAAGAGAUCAAGAGAGGAUAAGGAGCAAGAAAAGGCUCAAAAACGCCGCAGUUUUCAUUCAUGGAUUCGUCAGCUCAACGCCGCCUCCGAGCCAUCCAGAACCACAUCGCGUCCGCCGCCCCCGGCGGCGACCAUCAGGCACUUCUCCGGGCGACCCACGCCGCCGGGGAGUUCUUCUUAGAGCAGGGGUACAGUGCUGUGCUUCCAGAGAAAUUGCAGACAGGGAAGUGGAACGUUUACAGAUCAGCGCGCUCUCCUUUGACACUUGUUAGCAGAUUCCCAGAUCAUCCUGAAAUUGGGACCUUACAUGAUAAUUUUGUGCAUUCAGUUGAAACUUUUCGGGACUAUAAAUACUUGGGUACGCGAAUUCGUUUUGAUGGAACCGUCGGAGAGUACAAGUGGAUGACAUAUGGGGAAGCAGGUACUGCUCGGUCUGCAAUUGGAUCUGGAUUAGUAUAUCAUGGAAUACCAAAGGGAGCUUGUGUUGGGCUGUAUUUUAUCAACAGACCAGAGUGGCUAAUAGUUGAUCAUGCCUGCUCCGCUUAUUCAUACAUUUCAGUUCCCUUAUAUGACACUCUUGGUCCAGAUGCUGUUAAGUUCAUUGUGAACCAUGCUGUUAUCCAAGCCAUAUUUUGUGUUCCAGAAACAUUGAGCACUUUGUUGAGCUUCUUGUCUGAGAUGGCAUCUGUUCGUUUAAUAGUGGUGGUUGGAGGGAAUGAUGAACGACUGCCAUCACUUCCAUCAACAGCAGGAGUUGAAGUUAUAUCAUACUCGAAACUCCUUAGUGAGGGCGUUGGUAACCCUCACCCUUUUUGCCCUCCACAACCUAAUGAUGUUGCUACAAUUUGUUAUACAAGUGGUACAACUGGGACACCAAAGGGAGCUAUAUUGACUCAUGGAAACUUGAUUGGAAAUGUUGCUGGGGCAAGUCUUGCUGUGAAAUUGUAUCCCUCAGAUAUUUACAUAUCAUAUCUUCCUUUGGCACACAUAUAUGAGCGGGCAAACCAGGUCUCAAUGGUGUAUUUUGGUGUUGCUGUUGGAUUCUACCAGGGGGACAAUUUGAAACUAAUGGAUGAUAUGGCUGCUUUAAGGCCCACUAUAUUCUGCAGUGUUCCUCGGUUGUAUAAUAGAAUAUAUGAUGGCAUCACAAAUGCUGUGAAGACAUCUGGUGGUCUGAGAGAGAGGUUAUUUAAUGCAGCAUAUAAUGCUAAGAAGCAAGCUCUAUUGUCAGGUAAGAAUCCAUCUCCCAUGUGGGAUAAAUUGGUAUUUAACAAAAUUAAGUCAAAGCUUGGAGGACGGGUUCGUUUUAUGGUAUCAGGUGCCUCUCCCUUAUCUCCUGAUGUAAUGGACUUCUUGAGGGUGUGUUUUGGUUGUCGAGUUCUGGAAGGAUAUGGUAUGACUGAAACAUCAUGUGUUAUAAGCGCAAUGGAUGAGGGUGACAAUCAAUCUGGUCAUGUGGGCUCCCCUAAUCCCGCUUGUGAAGUAAAGCUCACGGAUGUUCCAGAAAUGAAUUACACAUCUGAGGACAAGCCCUAUCCACGGGGUGAAAUCUGUGUGAGGGGUCCAAUUGUAUUUCGAGGCUAUCAUAAGGAUGAAUUGCAGACGAGAGAAGUAAUUGAUGAAGAUGGAUGGCUUCAUACAGGAGACAUAGGGUUGUGGUCACCAGGAGGCCGUCUAAAGAUAAUUGAUAGGAAAAAGAACAUAUUUAAGUUGGCUCAGGGUGAGUACAUAGCUCCAGAGAAGAUUGAGAAUGUGUACGCUAAAUGCAAGUUCGUUGCCCAGUGCUUCAUUUACGGUGACAGCCUCAACUCUUCUUUGGUUGCUGUUGUAUCAUUGGACCCUGAAGUUUUGAAUGCUUGGGCUGCAAGUGAAGGGAUUAAGUACAAAGAUUUAGGAGAACUUUGCAUCAACCCAAGGGUAAAGGCUGCUGUCUUGGCUGACAUGGAUGCUGUCGGAAGGGAAGCUCAGCUGAGAGGCUUUGAGUUUGUGAAAGCUGUUACUUUGGUGCUAGAACCCUUCACCAUGGAGAAUGGUCUUCUCACACCAACAUUCAAGAUCAAGAGACCUCAAGCAAAGGCAUACUUUUCGAGAGCUAUAGCAGACAUGUACGCGGAGCUUUCGGCCUCUGAUCCUACGUCCCAGAAGAUGAUGUGAUAUACAAAGCAAGAGUAUCUCUUAAGUGACUAAACUCAAUUCUUUAUUUUGGCAAUUCAGAAGAGCUGCAAAACCAAAGAACUGGAAAUCAAAGUUGCAGAACUCGACUUAUGCCCGUUUCUAAACUACGUGGUUUAUAACUUUAAGUUUUAUCCUCUUCGCCCAAAAUAGAAAUAGCAAAAGAUUAGGAAAACAAAGAAAACUAAUAAUUGAGUUCAUCGGGCAUUUUUGCCUCUUUAUGUAUUUCGAAUAACAAGCAUAUUUGUUCUGUGUUCGUGUAUUCUUGUGUCUCGGUGUCUGUACGUAUAAAAUUAAACACUGUUUAUAAUGUUGCAUACCUGUUCUCCUCUCCUCUUUGAAA